UGCAUCAGAUUCGGGAAGGCGACAGUCGCUGUGGUGGCGUUUCUGGGAUUCUCCGCGAUGGCAGGUUCCUCCGGGGAGCCGGCUUCCGACCACAGGCAGAUCCUGAGCAUAGGUGAUGCGGCCCAGCGGCUGGAGGCCCUCGACCAGCACCUGCGCACGCGCAGCUACGUCCAGGGCUACUCCCUGUCCCAGGCGGACGUUGACGCGUUUCGGCAGUUCUCGGUGCCUCCCUCCGACCUGCGGUUCCCCCACGUGGUGCGCUGGUUCAGGCACGUCCAGGCGGUCCUGGGUGGCCCUGGCCAGCCCUGUGCGCUUCAAGCAAGUAAAGGCCGGCGUGGGCAGCCUCAGUGGUCACCACCCACGGGCACCGAGCCAUGCCAGCUGCGCCUGUACAACAGCCUCACCCGGAGCAAGGAGGUGUUUAUCCCACAAGACGGGAGGAAGGUGACCUGGUACUGCUGCGGGCCGACCGUCUAUGACGCCUCCCACAUGGGGCAUGCCAGGUCCUACAUCUCCUUCGACAUCCUGCGGCGGGUGCUGAAGGACUACUUCAAGUACGACGUGUUUUACUGCAUGAACAUCACCGACAUCGACGACAAGAUCAUCAAGCGUGCGCGCCAGAACCACCUGUGGGAGCGGUACCAGGCGCAGCAGCCACAGCCGGCCCAGCUCCUGGAGGACGUGCAGGCCGCCCUGCAGCUCUUCUCAGCAAAACUGAGCGAGACAUCAGACCCCUACAAACGGCAGCUGCUGCAGCGGACGCAGCGAUUCGUGGAGCUGGCCAUGGAGUUGCUAACCAGAGCCCUGCAGGCCGCGCCGACCGCCCCCGAGACCAGCAGCUGCGCGCAGGAGCUGCUGGAGGAGGCCAGGGACCUGCUCUCCGAGUGGCUGGACACCAGGCUUGGCGGCGAGGUGACAGAUAACUCCAUCUUCUCCGAACUACCCAAGUUCUGGGAGGAGGCCUUCCACAAGGACAUGGCGGCUCUGAACGUCCUGCCUCCAGAUGUCUUGACUCGGGUCAGUGAAUACGUGCCUGAAAUCGUGAGCUUUGUGGAGAAGAUUGUGGACAACGGUUACGGCUAUGCCUCCAAUGGCUCUGUUUACUUCGACACCAAGAAGUUUGCCUCCAGCCCGAACCACUCCUACGGGAAGCUGGUGCCCGAGGCCGUGGGAGACCAGAAGGCUCUUCAGGAAGGGGAAGGUGACCUGAGCAUCUCGGCUGAUCGCCUGAGCGAGAAGCGGUCGCCCAAUGACUUUGCCCUGUGGAAGGCCUCCAAGCCUGGCGAGCCGUCCUGGCCGUGCCCCUGGGGGAAGGGCCGCCCGGGCUGGCACAUCGAGUGCUCGGCCAUGGCAGGCUCCCUGCUGGGGGCCUCCAUGGACAUCCACGGCGGCGGCUUCGACCUGCGCUUUCCGCACCACGACAACGAGCUGGCCCAGUCCGAGGCCCACUUUGAGAAUGACUGCUGGGUCCGGUACUUCCUGCACACGGGUCACCUGACCAUCGCCGGCUGCAAGAUGUCCAAGUCCCUGAAGAACUUCAUCACCAUCCAGGACGCCUUGAAGGAGCACUCGGCCCGGCAGCUGCGGCUGGCCUUCCUCAUGCACUCCUGGAAGGACACGCUCGACUAUUCCAGCAACACCAUGGAGUCGGCCCUGCAGUACGAGAAGUUCAUGAACGAGUUUUUCUUAAAUGUGAAGGACAUCCUGCGAGCCCCCGUGGACGUGACGGGGCAGUUUGAAAAGUGGGAAAAGGAAGAAGUGGAGCUGAACAGGAACUUCUACCAGCGGAAGGCGGCGGUGCACGCGGCGCUGUGUGACAACGUGGACACACGCACGGCCCUGGAGGAGAUGCGGGCCCUGGUCGGCCAGUGCAACCUGUACAUCGCGGCCCGGAAGGCGGCCCGCCGGCGGCCCAACCGUGCCCUACUGCAGAGUGCCGGCCUCUACCUCACACACAUGCUCAGGAUCUUCGGGGCCAUCGAAGAAGACGGAUCAAUGGGCUUCCCGGUUGGAGGACGUGGGCCCAGCCUAGAUCUGGAGGCCACAGUCAUGCCGUACCUGCAGGCCCUGUCAGAAUUCAGGGAAGGUGUGCGCAGGAUCGCCAGAGAGAAGCAAGUCUCCGAGGUCCUGCAGCUCAGUGAUGCCUUACGAGACGACAUCAUGCCCGAGCUUGGGGUCCGGCUGGAGGACCACGAAGGACUGCCCACGGUGGUCAAGCUGGUGGACAGAGAGGCCCUUCUGGCAGAGAGGGAGGAGAAGAGGAGGGUGGAGGAGGAGAAGAGGAGGAGGAAGGAGGAGGCGGCCCGGAAGAGGCAGGAGCAGGAGGCGGCAAAGCUGGCCAAGAUGCGGGUCCCGGCCUGCGAGAUGUUUCUGUCGGAGCGAGACAAGUACUCCCAGUUUGACGACAGCGGCCUGCCCACGCACGACGCUGACGGCAAGGAGCUGAGCAAGGGCCAGAGCAAGAAGCUCAGGAAGCUAUGGGAGGCCCAGGAGCGGCUGCACCAGGAGUACCUGCAGCGGCUCACCAACGGCAGCGCCUAGGUGCCCACCGGGGACGCGGGUGACAGGCUGCACCUGGCCUUGGGGGACAGGCGGCUCUCCUGUGGGGACUGCGCCCGGCCUUGGAGGACAAACGACUCUCCUGCAGAGAUUGUACCCAGCCUCCGGGGACAGGCGGCUUCUCCUGCGGGGACUGAGUCUGGCCUCAAGGGACAGACAGCUUCUCCUGUGGGGCCUGGGCCCAGCUUCAGGGGACAGGUGGCUCCUGUGGGGACUGCGUCCGGCCUUGGAGGACAGGCAGCUUGCAGCCCCCACCAGGGCUGAUAGGCGGACCAUCACCUGACGCACCCACAGAUGGUGCCGAACUAGAGCCUGCUGGAACUCUGGCCUGUGGGUGGCAGGUGGCUCACCUGUGUAGACUCCACCUGGCCUGCCGGUGGCAGGCGGCUCACCUGUUCAGGGCCCAUCGCUGGAGGCCCUGCACAUACUGCUGAACAAGAGUGUGCCCUGAGAGCUGGCAGGGACUCUGCCCACGUGCCAGGGUGACAGGCAUAUCCGUGUUUACACGCACCCCCACCCCUCGCCCUAAAUUAAGCACCUGCCCCUGUGGAGCUGGGCCCACUGGCCAGAGAUGUCACAAUAAAGCCACUCAGUGCCAGGCCCGCCCUUUGCUGCUGCCCA